ACGAGGGACGCAUUGUACUACUACAGUUCCAAUCUUGAUCACAUUUAAUUCAGUUUUGUAUCCUCCAACUAACUCAAAAUUGAGUUCUUCGAUCUGAACUGAAAAGAUGGCAGAGAAGGAAAACGGAGUUACAGUAGAACAAGAGAGCUUCAACAAAAAGAAGAUAUACGACGUCGUUCAGAGUUUGAUAUUAGAACCUUGUGAUACUGCAAAUCGAAUCAAAACCUCACUCUCUCCUUACAUUCCCGAAGCUUCUAGAAACUACACUCGCCGUGUUCUUCGUUGGUCUCGUCAAGGCUCUUCCCUUCGACCUCUCCUUCUCAUUUCGGUUGGGACAAUUGCUCUUGUUGCCUUGACAGGACUCCUUACCUUUAUGCUUCUCCUUCUGGUUGCAACUAUCAAUGCCAUCAUCGUCUCUCUUUUCAUUUCUUUGGCGGUAGCCGGAGGAUUCUUGGCUCUUUUCUUUGCUUUAGUGACAGCAAUAUAUAUUGGAGCAUUAUCAGUAGCCAUAUUUGCAAUUUCGACGGUUGUGUUUUGGACAACCGUGGCUAUUCUGAUAACUGCAGGAUGGGUUGGAUUCUUUUGUACUGCAUGGUUAAUAGCUAGCAAGAGCCUUGGAUUUGCAAAACACUCAUUUAGCGUGAGCGGCUCAGCAAUUUCAAAUUAUUCUGCUGCUUGGGGUAGCCGCAACCUUUCACACAAACAUUCUGAUUAGGAGCUGAUCACAGGCAGGAGCUUAUGUGUUGAGUUACAUGUGGAUGCUGUGAAAUAGCAAAAACUUCUUCUGUCGACUGGAAUAUUCCCAAAUCCCACUCACUGUUUGGUUUCGAUGGCUAUGAUUAUGUUUGUACUUAUGAGCUGAGAGCAGUGUUGAUAAAAUAUGCUGGUUGUAUGUAUUGUGUUACACAAUUAAGGGUUGAAAAAGUAUUGGCUUUUCUUUGUUAGCCUACGUUAUUACCUGGUAUUGUACAACUUAAAGCAUGCAUAAAAUUGCAUUUGUGUGGUUAAUAAUGUAAUUUUGAAAUGUUUGUAGUUUAUUGAUGUGCUUGUAUGAACAAAAGUGUAUAUGCGAUAUUAAUGUAGCUAGCCAUCAUCAUAAAGAAACAGAUGUGAAAACAUCGGGUAUUCAGUUGAAACCA